AUGAAUUUCAAAAUUAACAUUAAAACACUUUUUAAUAUUGUUUGCGUAUUAUUCCUAUUGUUGUGCACAGUACCACCAAUAAAAGUAAAAAUUGGUGCAACUAUCUCCUUUUUCGUUCAUCCUGCGAUAUUACUGGUUUUAGAAUGA